CUUUCCCCGCAGCGCCCGACCCGGCUGUGCCCACGCGAGGCGCCCGCCCUUCUCCCCCACCCUCUCGCUGGCGGCGGCGGCGCCGCAAAGGCCAAGAGGGCGGCGGAGCGUGUUAACCCCGCAAGGGCAAGAAGUGGCGCAGCCGGCAGCGAGGAGGAGACGCGCUGUGGCACUGGCGCAGCCCCGUGCACACCCAGUCGCGCAUCGGACGCUGCGGCCCAGCUGGGGCGAGGGAGGGAGGCGUUGGCAGGACACAGAGCAAGCAGCGCUCUUAAUAGAAGCCGUCUCCUCUCCAAGGGGUGUCUAGGCUGCGGCGCAUUGCCCAUGAGCUAGUGACCAGACAGCAAGUGUGAAAAAUCGGGACAGGUGGAGGAUGGGUUAUAGGGUCCCAUAUAAGACAGAGCUCCUAAUAUCCGGACGUCUGGCCAGCUUAGCUGAAUACAGCCUGAUCUCUGCAGCACUGAAAGAAGGCCAAGUGACUCCAACAGAGCUUUGUCAAAGAUGUCUCUCCUUUAUCAAAGCCACAAAAUUUCUUAAUGCUUACAUUACUAUAGCAGAAGAGACAGCAUUAAAACAGGCUGAAGAAUCAGAGGAGCGAUAUAGGAGAGGUUAUAUUCCACCUUACAAUGCUACGGUAGUUCAGAAGUUAUUGGAUCAGGGGGCUGUGCUUCUAGGAAAAACAAACCUAGAUGAAUUUGCAAUGGGAUCUGGAAGCACAGAUGGAAUAUUUGGACCAGUUAGAAACCCCUGGAGUUAUUCAAGGCAGUACAGAGACAAAUGUGUGCAGAACUCCCAUCCUGAGAAGGAAGACUCCAAUUGGUUGAUAACAGGAGGAAGCUCAGGAGGUAGCGCUGCUGCAGUGUCUUCUUUCACAUGCUUUGCGGCUUUAGGAUCAGAUACAGGAGGGUCCACCAGAAACCCAGCGGCUCACUGUGGAGUAGUAGGUUUAAAGCCAACCUAUGGACUGAUUUCUCGUCAUGGUCUCAUUCCACUAGUGAACUCCAUGGAUGUACCAGGAAUUUUAACCAGAUGUGUGGACGAUGCAGCAAUUGUAUUGGGUGUGCUUGCAGGGCAUGAUCCUAAAGACUCUACUACUGUGCAGGACCCCUUUAAGUCAUUUGAACUAACCUGUUUUACAGAUGCCAGCAAGCUCUGUAUAGGAAUACCAAAGGAAUAUCAUGCACCAGGAUUAUCUAGUGAAACUCUGGCACUUUGGUCUAAAGCUGCUGACCUCUUUGAGAAUGCAGGUGCCAAGGUGAUUGAAGUGAGUCUACCCCACACACGUUAUUCAAUUGUAUGCUAUCAUGUGCUGUGCACAUCAGAAGUAGCAUCAAAUAUGGCCAGGUUUGAUGGACUAGAAUAUGGACACCGUUCCAGUAUGGACAAGUCCACAGAAGUCAUGUAUGCUGCAACUCGACGGGAAGGGUUUAAUGAUGUUGUAAGAGGAAGAAUUCUGUCCGGAAACUACUUUUUGUUAAAACAGAAUUAUGAGAAUUAUUUUAUCAAGGCCCAAAAAGUGAGACGACUCAUUGCCAAAGACUUUGUGAAUGUUUUCCAUAGUGGUAUUGAUGUUUUGCUCACUCCCACCACUCUAAGUGAUACAAUACCAUAUGUGGAGUUUAUCAAAGAAGACAACAGAACCCGCAGUGCACAGGAUGAUAUUUUUACACAGGCUGCAAACAUGGCAGGGCUGCCAGCCAUAACUGUUCCUACAGCACUUUCAGAGAAAGGUUUGCCAGUUGGGCUUCAGUUUAUUGGACGUGCAUUCCAGGAGCAGCAGCUUCUUACUGUAGCCAAAUGGUUUGAAAAACAAGUAAAAUUCCCCAUGAUACAAUUACAGGGAAUAAUGGAUCAUGGUCACACUGUCAGUCACCAUCAGAAAUCAGCCUUUUUUUCAUAACAGAGGACUUGGUGGUUUUCGUAGCAGAAGUAAGGAGGAUUUUAGAAUAUUUCUCAAUCACUUUGUACUGUUUCAGAUUGAAAAGAAAUGUAAUCCUUCCAUUUAUCUGUGCAAAUGACAGGCUGUAGAGUCUAAAAACAUCUGUAUUCAAGCAGAAUGCAAGAGCGAAGCAGGGAAGCUUUGUUACUGUGUGAUUAAACUGAAGUGAGGCCCCUGGUAUGUUCCCUACAACUGCAUGUAUAGUUUGAAUAUAUAUUUUUUUCAUGGUA